GAAGGAGAGGAGAUUGAACUAUGAGAGAGAAUCCUGGCAGUCAGUCAGCCCAAAGCAUGGCAUUCACAGACUGUCUGACAACCGCUGACCUGUUUGCAGAGAAGAAGGGGAUAAAGAGCAAAAACUGGAGAAACAGAUUAAGAUUUCUCUUGAAGACACACUCUUCCCAGUCAGUAUUACAUCUAAUGAAAAACAGAUCCUACCGGCCAAGUGCUGAUGACGUGAACCAAUGGGCGCAGUCACUUGACAAACUACUCAGUCAUAAAUAUGGGAAAGCCGCCUUUUGUAUCUUCCUGAAGUCUGAGUUCUGCGAAGAGAACAUCGAGUUUUGGACAGCCUGUGAGGAUUUCAGGACACUCACGUCGCACAAAGAGCUGGCGUCCAAGGCCAACAGCAUUUACGAGGAGUUCAUUAAAAGUGAAGCUCCCAAGGAGAUAAACCUGGAUUUCCACACCAGAAAUGCUAUCGUGCAGAGCCUCCAUGAGCCAACCAUGACCAGCUUCCUGGAAGCUCAGAAGAAAGUCUACAGUCUGAUGGAGAACAACUCCUACCCCAGGUUCAUCCACUCCGCCCUCUACAAAGAACUGUGUGUAGCUGCCAAGCACAUUAAGUCCUAGUCAAACUAGACUCCCGUUCCUGAAGUCAUUUGUUUACCACUGUGACUGUGUGAACAGGCCAGCGAUGAUCUUCAUUCCAGGCACUGCCUCAGGAUAAUAGACCUGAAUGCGAAUCCUGAGCAUGAACACUAACGGCGAGAGUGGCAAAUGCGAAACUGAAGCCAUUUUCACUCUGCGCUGCUUUCACCAAUGACGUUGCGAUGACUAGUCUGGACGCUACGGUAUAUAUGCCGCUGCGGGCAGUGCACAGCAUUUCGACAAGAUUGAAUUACGGUUAGAUUUUCUUCACUGGGCCCUUACCUGAACUUUCUUACUAUCCUAUUAGAACUUGGUGUUUUGAGCAAUGAUGCGGUUCGAGAAAAUGCUGCUGUAGAGCCACUGCAUUCAAAGACUGGGUCUGUCAAAGCAAUUCACACUUGCAGCCGCCCCGUACCUCUAACCGACAAUGCUUUUGGAAUGUUUUUCAGCUGAGUCACAGAUAUACCCAGAACUUUCUAUGUGACCGUGAUUUUUAUUGCCAUAUUGCUCUGCUGGAUUUGCAUCAGUUUACACAAAAAGUGCAAUUUGAAUUUUGUAUAAUAUUUGCAAUUUCCACUGAAGGCUGUAUUUGGCAUGAAGUGACUGUGACAGUGUUAUUUAUUGUAAAUAUUGAGAUACUGCAUGACGUGUUGAAUGUGAACUAAAGUGUGGGGCAGCUGGACUGCUCGAGAAAUAAACUUUAU